CGACUCCAUUCAGUAUCAACAGAUGGACAGCGACAGUGACUGUGGUAGCGGCAGCGACAGCGACAUCAUUGACGCAGCCAUCCAAGUGGUUUUCGGCCCUGUGCUUUCUCGUAAACACGGGGGUUCAUGUCCAGGAAAGUCGCAGAACAUCGACCGCCAAUGCAGUCUCUACUCCAACUUGCUCAUGCAAGACUACUUCGCGCCCAACUGCAUGUAUCCUGACGACCUAUUCAAACGCCGAUUUCGUAUGUCCCGUGAUUUGUUCCUCCAUGUUAUGAACACAGUCGAAGCGAAUGACUCGUACUUCACACAACGCAAGGACGCUGUGGGCAAGCUUGGUCUGUCUUCAUAUCAACGCGUAGCCGCUUGUAUCCGCCACUUAGCAACGGGCACCGCAAUGGACGAUUUGGACGACCGAUACCGCAUUGGUGAAUCAACCAUGCGUGAAACAUUGCAUCGCUUCUGUCUCGUCGUCCAAGCUGAAUUUGGCCCGACAUACCUGCGAAGUCCAAAAACCGCAGAUUUGAGGGAUCUCCUUACUCGCAGCAAGAGUGUCGGAUGGCCUGGAAUGCUUGGUAGUAUUGAUUGCUGCCAUUUGGCAUGGAAGAACUGCCCCAAAGCAUGGGCAGGGCAGUACCAGGGCAAGAACGGGGAACCUACGGUUGUGGUCGAAGCAAUAUCUGAUACUCAAGGGCGUAUCUGGCAUUGUUUUUUUGGUAUGCCAGGGGCAAAUAAUGACAUUAACGUGCUGGACAACUCACCACUGUUGUUCGAUGCAAUCCAUGGCACCUCGCCCAUGGUUGAAUUCUCGGUGAAUGGCCACAAGUACGACAGACCGUAUUGGCUUGUAGAUGGCAUUUAUCCCAAGUACAGCGUGUUUGUCAAAACCAUCAACAACCCGUCGACAGCAAAGGAGGCGAAUCGCAAAAGCACAGGAGUCGCGACGAAAGGACGUCGAGCGGAUGUUUGGAAUGCUCCAAGCUCGGUGGCACACGCUCACGAACCCGUGCCGACUCUGGAGCAAGGACGCAAUGAAGGACGUUGUUGUGACGUGCUGUAUCUUGCACAACAUGAUACUUGAGUCCGAGAUGGCUCAGUUCGAGACAACGUUGCCACUCCCACCCGAGUGGAUCGUUGAUUCAACCGCACCCAUGCCACUGUGGCCUCUACAGAAUAUGCCGAUCGCUUGGUCGGAGCAUUUGGAGCAAUUGUCGAUCCAAGUAUUCACUAGCGCCUCCUGAUAGAAUUAAUGGAGCACCAGUGGCAACUUCGUUUGCAAUAACGCA